AUGUCCUCCACAACCACCGCCUUCAUCGAAGCCAACGGCGCACAAGUCUUCUACAGACAAGCCGGCCCAACAACACCCAACACACCCACGAUCCUCCUCCUCCACGGCUUCCCAUCCUCAUCCCACCAGUUCCGCAACCUGAUCCCCCUCCUCGCCGCCAAGGGCUACCGCGUCAUCGCCCCCGACCUCCCCGGCUACGGCUUCACCACCGUCCCCCCAACCUACACCCACACCUUCGACAACCUUGGCACCACCAUCAACGCAUUCACCUCUGCGCUCUCCCUCCAAAAAUACGCAAUCUACAUCUUCGACUACGGCGCCCCAACCGGCCUCCGCCUCGCGCUCGAAAACCCCGACAAAGUAGUCGCCAUCAUCAGCCAGAACGGAAACGCCUACGACGAAGGCUUCGGCGCGGAAUUCUGGGCCCCCAUCCGCAAGUACUGGGCUUCGGGAGCAAAGGAGGACAGAGAAUCUCUCCGCGGCCUCUUGGAGAUGGAUGCCACCAAGUGGCAGUACACGUUUGGCUCGCCCAACGCGGACAAGGUCCAGCCGGAGGCGUACGCGCUUGACCAGGCGCUGAUGGAUCGUGUGGGCAACAAGGAGAUUCAGCUGGAUCUGUUUUACGACUACCGCAACAAUGUGCCCCUGUAUCCCAAGUUCCAGGAGUAUUUCCGCACUUCAAAGGUUCCCGUGUUGGCUAUCUGGGGGAAGAACGAUGCUAUUUUUGUGGCGCCUGGUGCGGAGGCUUUUAGGAAGGAUGUUGAGAAGUUGGAGGUGAAGUUGCUGGAUGCUGGGCAUUUUGCGAUUGAGACAAAUGAGCAGGAAUUUGCGGAUUCUAUUGUUUCGUUCUUUGAGAAGUUUAAUGUGUUUUGA